GCAGGAAUAGCUGCACAGUUGUCAGCUCUCCUUCCCAUCUCUAGGAGUUCCUUUCAGGGUAGUUCCAUACCAGUUAUGGCAGGGGACAAGAAAAUUCUGAAUAUAAGCGCUACGGCUGCAGAUGAGGACACCAAAAAUGAAGUUGAAAGGGAAAACUGGAAGAGUCCUUUUCAAUUCAUCUUCUAUUGUCUAGGAUAUGCUGUCGGAUUCGGCAACGUAUGGAGGUUUCCAUACCUGUGUUAUAAAAAUGGAGGAGCCGCCUUUCUGAUCCCUUACCUGUCGAUGCUUUUCCUAGCCGGAAUCCCUGUCUUCUUCAUGGAGCUGACCAUCGGCCAAUAUAUCAGUCAGGGGCCCGCAGUUCUUUUCCCCAAGCUGGCACCUAUCUUUUCUGGUCUCGGUUGGGGUGUGGUUACCAUCGCCUUUUUCACAGCCAUAUAUUUUAAUGUGAUCUUGGCUUGGUCCUUUUUCUACAUGAUCUUCUCAUUCUACUCUGUCGUCCCUUGGAGUCAUUGUGAUAAUGAAUUCAAUAGUCCAGCAUGCUACUACGAAGAAGGUGCCGCUUUGUGCAGAAACCAGAGCCUGUUUUUCUUCAAUCAGUCAUGUUUAUCCCUGGAAGAUUACUGUAGCCUGGCAGACUUGAUACCAUUUAACGAGACUCACUGCCAGAACUUUGUCAACACUUCCUUAACGUCUACUGAGAAAGUAACCACAAAGAUUUCGGCAAGUGAGGACUUCUUUAGAUACAUGGGUUCUGGAAACAAUUGUAGUUAUCCCAUCAGGGCAAUCAGCUUUCUGAGGUUACUGGACUUCUUGGUGACACGACUGCCGUCUUAUUAUGAACGCCGUUUGAUAGACCUUGCCAAUGGGCGUGUGAAUGUCACUGUUUCAAGAGAUUUCUCCUGGAGGAUCAUCAAUCCCCAAAGAAUGUGCGUCCAGGAUGGUUUACCUCUGCCCAUUACUGGAAUGACAACAGAUGUGAAUCCCGAGGGUAUGGCCAACGGUGGUGAUGUUGAGCCGAUGCCAAGUACCAGUAGUGGUACUGCUGAGAUGUUACAGCAAAAUGAAGUCAAUCGGGAGCUGCGACGAAAGGCCAAGUGCGUAGUGAGCAUGAAAGGAAAUAUCACCACGGUCACCAACCCUGAUGACUCGGCCGAUGUCAAGUCCUUCACCUACGACUACUCUUACUGGAGCUUUGACGGCUGCAAGGAGGAGCCAAAUGGCUACUUUGCCAAGCAGUCACCCAACUCAAAGGAGAAGGAGUUUGAAGUGAGGUUCAGCAUGUUGGAGAUCUACAAUGAGGUAGUUCAUGACCUGCUCAACCCCACCAAGAGCAAGAAAGGCCUCAAGGUCCGCCAACACCCGAAGAAAGGCUUCUAUGCGUGCCUCGACCUCGUGUUGCUGGGCUUCUUCCACGGUCUCGGGUCCAUCCCAGGAGACGAUCCAGCCACUCACGCACACUGCUCCCUUCACCACGAAGAAAGUUCAGGAUUCCGCAAUGUUUUCAAGGCGAUCGAGGAAAUGAAAAUGACACUCAGAUUGCCUCUACGUAUCUACUGGGGAGUAACUUGGCUCUGCAUCACUCCUGUUUCUCUCAUCCUCAUCACGGUGAUCUCCUUCACUGAUAUCGUCCCAGCCUCAUGGGAAAGUUACGUGUUCCCGGACGCCAUACAAAUACUGGGAUGGUUGACGUGCUGCUGCCCUCUGGUCUGCGUUGUCGUCGGCGCUGUUUAUGCAAUGAUUACUAACAAGGGAGGAUUCCUGACUCUCUUGAAAACCACGCCAGAGUUUUGUCCAGCAAGUCAGCGAGGGAAGCAAGAGAAAGAGAUGAACGCAAAGUUUCGGUAUUUCCCUCACAAUGAAGCUUUUACGAUGGAGACCAAAACGCCAUAAGGUGUGUGUGUGUGUGUGUGUGUGUGUGUGUGUGUGUGUGUGUGUGUGUGUGUGUGUGAGUGUGU